AUGGAGCUCAGCGUGAAGUCAACAGAAGAGGAGAUGGUACAGUAUUCAGAUGGAGAGAACGAACUGCAAGAUAAAAUGGGGCAGCUCAGCGACGAGCUUGAGGGCAAGAUGUCCAGAGUUCACACUGCGAAGGCGGAUGUCAAGACUGCUGAGGCAACUCUGGCGACUAAGGAAGCUGCUCUGCAAAAAUCAACGGGCGUGUUAGAGGACAGAAAAGGGCGUCUGGGAGAUCUGAAAAGCUUCGUGGCUAAUAUAGAGGACAAGCUCAAGGUGGUCGCUUCAGAAAGUGCUCAUAUUGGAAGUAUGCUGCAAGAUGCUAGGGCAAAGCAGAAGAUGAUUCGUGAUAACAUCGAGUCGAAAACUGAGACCUCACAGAAAGCACGUCAAAUGCUUGACGAACGCGAAAAGGCUUUGGCUGUCACCACGAAUAGUCUCAAGGCUCACGAAGCCGCAUUAAAACAGCUCUAUAUGGGGAACUUCGAUCAGGAAAAGGAAGUACAGGACGCUUCAGAAUUACAUCAACAUGCAGUAGUAGAGGAAAAGGAACUCAAAGAAAAACGCAGCGAGUUGGACGGUUACACGUACUUUUCACUGCGUGUCAAGCUGUCACUGCACACAUGCAUAAUCAGCUCCCAAUACCAGUCGAAAAUCGAGAGCAGCAAACGACAACUGGACGAGCUGGACAGGCAGGUGGACUCUGCCGUGUUGAAGAACACAACACUUGGGCGGAUUGCGACAGAGAUUAAGUCACGCGACUUGAAGCAAGCUGAGGAGAGGCUUACUUUAGCGCAGCAACAGUUAGAGGCAGCUAAACAAGAAUACAAUGCGAAAACCAGUGAUAUUCUCCGACUCACGCAAGCUCGGAAAAUUCUCGAUGCCCAACGACAGACCAUGACCAACUCCUCGUCAUCAGAGGCGGACAGGCUGAUGGAGCAGGCCAGAAGGGAGGUGGCUCAUGCUAAGAGUCUACUUACGCCUGAUGUUGCAAAGUAA